AUAAAUGGCUGGCAAUACAUUUGCGCUAAUGUGAAUGGCAUGCCCAAAGCGAAUAGACAACAUGAGCGACGCAGAGACACACAAAACACUGACCUGGCCAGAGUUUCUGAAGGAAGCCAAACAGUUUCUGGACAAGUCACACGAGUUGAACGACAACUGGGAGCUCGUUGAAAAGGACGACCAAGAGCCCAACAGCUUUCUCAGAUAUUCGCAGAAGAUCAAGUGUAAAGUGAGCAAUGAUCUCAUAAAUAUAGAGUAUCAUAUCGUCUACAGCGUGUCUUAUCAAGUUCCAAUGCUUUACUUCCAAGCACAUAGAUCGGAUGGGAGCCUCUUGGAUGUGGAAGCUACUUGGAGCUUAUUUAUGCCUGAUGCAUCGCGCAGCGAUCUCUACGAAAUGUUGACCCAAAUGGAGCAUCCUGUGCUGUUUCGACCCUUUAUGGCUUUGCAUCCUUGCCGCACCUCUGAAAUUUUAGCACAAUUUGGUAGGAAGAGUGAAAAUAUCUUGAUCACCUUCAUUAGCUUAUAUGGUCCAUAUGUUAAAUUGAAUUUAUCAAAUAGCUAUGGUUUAGAUUGUUCCAAAAUCUAAAUGCAUUGGUUUAUAAAAUGUGUGAUAGAUAGUAUUUAUUAUUGGUUGCUUUAAACACUGAUUACAGGCGUGGUUUACAUA